AUGCCCCACUAUCCUCACUGCCUGUCUACUGCUGUCAUGGCCACCCCUAGUGUUCUCAUCUUUGACGCUGAGGGUCGGGCAGUUGACUUUGAGGUCUGGGUAGAUGAUAUGCAGCUUUUCCUACAGUGCGAUAGAGCAGAUGGUCUCUCCCUGUUUGACCUCACUUUUGGUGCCUGUCCUGCCCCUGCUGCUGAUGCUGACGCCACUAUUCGCUCACAGUGGGCCACGCGCGACGCUGCUGCUCGCCUUGCUGUGCGCCGCCACUUACCGACCGCUGAGCGUGCACACUUUAGCCAGUACAAGAGUGCUCAGACCUUGUACGACGCUGUAGUUGCACGCUACUCUUCCCCUGCCACUGCUGCACUAAGCCGCCUCAUGCUACCGUACCUCUUCCCUGACCUUGCUGUCUUUCCCACAGUCGCUGACCUCAUUACGCACCUCCGCACUAGUGACACUUGCUACCAAGCUGCUCUUCCUGCUGAGUUAUGCGCCAAGAACCCGCCCCCCAUGUACAUCACCCUCUACUACAUAGUCACCCGGCUCCCUGACUCUCUCCGCGUAGUCAGGGACCACUUCCUCUCAGUUUGCCCCACCACUCUCACCGUUGACCUCCUCAAGAAGGGCCUCCUAGCAGCAGAGAAUAGCAUUGUCGCUAUAGGAGCCUCUCGUGGUGACCCUCGCACCCAAGUCUUUGAGGGGUGUUCCCCCUCCCCCCUCUUGCCCUCUGUCGCCUCUGCUGCUGCGGCCGACCUCGUUGGUUUCGAGUCGGCUUAG